CGAUGGUAUCGCCGGCGAUGUCGUCUGGACUCCCAAGUCGGCCAAGGUCGGCGCUUGCUACUCAUAUUCGUUUCUAAGAUUUAGGCCAUCAGCAUCUCACCCUCUUUGAUUUUCACCAAAGCCAUGGCAGACCCCAACAUGCGACAGAAUGUUGAGGACUACAUCCUCGACCUUCAAGACAGGAUUAUCGCCGAGUUCGAGGCUAUUGAGCUCGCCCACAACCCCUCGCUCGCUAAUGAUCCUCCGCGCUUCAAACGCGACGAGUGGAUUCGCCCCGCAGGCGGGCGCGGCAUCUCCUGCACCUUCUCCUCUCGCAACAUCUCAUCUUCCUCUGACGUCGAGACAGUCCUCGAAAAAGCAGGUGUCAACAUCUCCCUCGUGCACGGCAAGCUCCCACCCCCCGCCAUCCAACAAAUGCGCGCAGACCACUCCUCGAUCCCUUACGACGGUGUGAGCAGCCUCCCGUUCUUCGCAGGUGGCCUCUCCCUCGUUGUGCACCCACGCAACCCGCACGCGCCAACCGUGCACCUCAACUACCGCUACUUUGAGAUCACCAAAGAAGAAUCCAAAGACGGCCAGCAGCCAGAAGUAGUCGCGUGGUGGUUCGGCGGCGGCUCCGAUCUCACACCCAACUAUCUCUACCCCGAGGACGCCACGCACUUCCACGGCACUCUCAAGGAGGCGUGCUCUGGCUCUGGGGACGACGCAUACAAGCAGAUUUACCCGGCGUUCAAGCGCUGGUGCGACGAAUACUUCUACAUCCCGCACCGACGCGAGACGCGCGGCAUCGGCGGAAUCUUCUUCGACGACCUCUCCACCGAGCCGCACCCCCGCCUGCCCGACGCCUCCGACCGCCCCACCACGCAGUCCGCCAUCUUCGACUUCAUCAAGGCAUGCGGCGACUCUUUCCUCCCGUCCUACGUCCCCAUCCUGCGGCGCCGCAUGGACGCGCCGUACAGCGAAGAGGAAAGAAGGUGGCAGCUCCUCCGCCGCGGGCGAUACGUCGAGUUCAAUCUGAUUUACGACCGCGGGACCAAGUUCGGGCUGCAGACGCCCAGUGCGCGGAUCGAGAGUAUUCUCAUGAGCCUGCCGGAGACGGCCAGGUGGGAGUAUAUGACGGAUAUGGGCGAGGAUGGGGCGAGCAGGGAGGGAAAGCUGCUCAAAGUGCUGGGUCGCCUCAAUGAGGCGAAGAGCACGGACGGGAGCAAGAGCGUGGAGUGGGCGGACGAGGCGGCUGUCGAGACACUCAGAGAGGAGCUGGAUCUCUAGGUCAUGUCAAUCAGAUUUUAACUCCUUCGAAAUGUAUAGUAGCCCAAGCGCAAACAUGUACAUCAUAGCAUAUUAACCCCCCUCAUUCACUGCGUGGAAUACACCCCAUCUCCUUCAAUCGAUCAUCAUCGCAUCA